AUGAGUUCUGUGGUACCGGAUUCAUUGAAAGCGGACAAAACGAUUUCUGCCUUUGUAUUGAGAUCAUUAGAAUUAGAAAAUUCCAAUCCUGUGAUUUCAUAUUAUUGUAAGAUAUAUGUACUUGAAUAUAUUUUAUCCAACAAGUUACAUACAACUGGUAAAGAUGUUGAAGCAUACACAGUACAAUUAUUGGAUGAAACUGAAGCUCUUAAGACAAAUGUAGAUCCUGAGAAUGAAGGACUUCAUAAAGUGUUGAAUGAUAAAAAUUUGUCCCUUAGUGUGGUUAUGGGAUUUAGUUACAAAUUAUUUAAUAGUUGUCUUGAAGAUCUUUCAAAAUAUGAUGGAUCAAAUAAACCACAAUUGGUUGUUAAAUUUAGAGCUUGUUUGAACUUUUUAACUUUACUUGGAAUAUUUUAUAAUAAACCUGAUGAAUCUAUUGAUUAUUCCAAAUUUAGUGGUGGGAAGGCAAAUGAUGCACAAUCAUUUGGUGCUAUUAACAAUGAUAAAAUUAAACUAUUAAAAUAUAGAUUAUCUAUAUUAUUAAAGGAUGAAGUUCCAAUAAAGGGUCAAUCAAAUACAGAAAAGGAAUUAGAAGAUGAACUUGAACAAGAAUUAAAUAAAAUCAAACAACAAGAUGAAAAUGAAGAUUUGAAAACGAAUGAUAAAUCUCUUAAUCUUCCAGUUCCACCAAAAUUCAUUGAUACACAUGACGAAGAUGUUGAUGGGAACUUGGAUAAAGAAGAAAAUAGCGUUGAAGAGGAGUCCAAUGAACCUUCACUUCCAGUUGCACCUUCAUUCAUUGAAGAUGAAGAAACAACUCAAUCAACGUCACAAUUAAAUUUACCAGGUGCCCCAAGAUUUCUCCCUGAAGAUGAAGAGGUGGAGAAUACGUCUGAUGUAAAGCUUCCAGGUGCCCCUCUGUUUUUGCCAGAUGAUGAUAUUUCUCAUAUAAAUAAGGAUUCAUCCAUUACAGUGAUUCCUCCAAACGAAAAUAAACCUGCCCCAGUCCACAAACCAAAGAAACAGCCAACAUUGGUAAAGUCAAAUCACGCUAACACUACUCCACAAGAUAUAAAUGCCAUUGUAGAUAAAGCUGAAGCAAUUGCCAAAAUUCAAAAACAUGCUAAAUUCGCAAUUUCUGCUCUUAACUAUGAAGAUUUGAAAACUGCUGAAAAGGAACUUCUUGAAGGAUUGGCAUUGCUUCGAAAGGUUCCACAAUAG